ACAAUGUCUGUCUUCAAUAGCUCUGCUCUAUACCCUCGCUUCCUCCUGACAGGCCUCUCAGGCCUCGAAAGCAGAUAUGGCUUGAUUUCCUUCCCCAUCUUCUUUGUUUAUGGCACCUCAGUUGCAGGAAACAUUACCAUCCUAUUUAUCAUCAGAACUGAGCCUUCCCUCCACCAACCAAUGUACUACUUUCUAUCAAUGCUGGCACUUACCGACCUGGGCCUAUCCAUCACAACCUUGCCUACCAUGUUCAGUGUGUUCUGGUUCCAUGCCAGGGAGAUCUCCUUCAAUGCUUGUCUGGUCCAGAUGUACUUCAUUCAUGUUUUCUCAAUUACUGAGUCAGCUGUGCUGUUGGCCAUGGCCUUCGACCGCUUUGUAGCAAUCCGAGAGCCCCUGCGUUGUGCAGCCAUUCUAACCGAUGGCGUAAUCAUUGGGAUUGGGUUGGCAAUUGCUGGAAGGGCCUUGGCUCUGGUCUUUCCAGCUUCCUUCCUCCUAAAGAGGCUUCAAUAUCAUCCUGUCAAUAUUCUCUCCUACCCCUUCUGCCUGCACCAGGACCUCAUAAAGACAACUGUAUCCACCCAUUGGGUUAGCAGCAUCUAUGGCCUUAUAGUGGUCAUUUGCUCCAUGGGACUUGAUUCAGUGCUCCUCCUUCUCUCCUACAUCCUCAUCCUCGGCACAGUGUUGAGUAUAGCCUCCAAGACAGAGAGGGUGAAAGCCCUCAAUACCUGUAUCUCCCACAUCUGUGCUGUGCUCACCUUCUAUACACCAAUGAUUGGGCUAUCUAUGAUCCGUCGCUAUGGGCAGAAUGCUUCUCCAAGUGUCCAUGUGCUCAUGGCCAAUGUCUACUUGCUGGUUCCACCCUUCAUGAACCCUAUUGUCUACAGUGUCAAAACCAAGCAGAUUCGUGACAGAAUCCUCAAGAAAUUCAAGCAACAGAAAGGUGAAAAAAAUCUCUACAACACAACUUUCCUCCUCCUGUCCUUUACAUUUAUGAGAAUAUUUCAUAUUAAUGUGGAAUUCUGA